AUGGUUGCUAGGCGAACGACAGUACCCCUGUGGCUCGUAGUUGUCCUCCUGCUGGCACUAUCGGUCGGGGAUUCGUCCACGCAGUCUGGACGACGCCGCAAUCGCAAUGAAAAGUGCCCCCGGGUGCGGGCGAUGCGCAACUUUGGGCUGAACGCGAUGAUGGGCCCGUGGUACGUGCUGCAGUACUUCGCCUCGACGGAGAUGUUCCCCGAGUACGGCUGCAUGCGCGGCUCGCUCUUCACCUCCGACGGCUUUGUGACCAUGAACUUCACCUACGUCUUCCUCGAUGACCCGCUCGCGACGUUCCAGCAGGGCAACAUCACCUGGAUCGUGCCCAACUACGCCCAGCCGGCCCACUGGGUGCACGCCGAGAGCAGCUUCGAGGAGGUCUACAACACGUACGUGAUCGACACGGACUACCGCUCGUGGGCCCUCCUGAUGCACUGCGCGGAGAAGACCAACUCCCAGAAGUACCUGUCGGCGCUGAUGCUGUCGCGGGAGCCAACGCUCGGCCAGAACGUCAUCAACUUUCUACGGGAAAAACUGCCCCGGUACGAUAUCGACGUGGAGAGCAUGUUCAGAAUACCGCAGGACAACUGCACGCACCCUGUCGCGGACCCGCACGCGUACUACGCCUACAGUACCUCGUAG